AUGAUAACGACUGCCAGCUUUCGGCUUAAUAAUGGCGUAGAGAUGCCGGCCUGUGGUUUGGGCACCUAUCGUAUCAAGCAACCUGAAAUAAUCGACUCUGUAGUCCGACAGGCGGUCAAAUGUGGCUAUCGACUGGUUGACUCGGCUGCUGUUUACAAAAAUGAAGAAGCCAUAGGGAAAACGAUAAGAAGCAUAAUUGAGGACACAUCAUCUGGACUCAGGAGGGAAGAUUUCUUCAUUACGAGUAAACUUGCCCCAAGAGAUCACGGAUUUGAGACCGCUUAUAACGCUUGUCUCACUUCGUUAAAAAAACUGGAUUUGGGUUAUCUCGAUCUUUUUCUUAUCCACUGGCCAGGGAGUCAAAGGCUUACGCAAGAUAACCCUCGGAAUAAAGUAAACAGACAACAGAGUUACAAAGCAUUAGAAAAGCUUUACGGAGAAGGCAAAGUCAGAGCUAUAGGGAUAAGCAAUUACACUCUUGCUCAUCUGGAAGAUCUUUUAACUUAUGCCUCCAUCACGCCACAAGUGCAUCAAUUCGAGGUCCAUCCUCUGUUGUAUCAGACGGAAUUGAUUGAUUUUUGUAAACGGUACAACAUUCUAGUUCAGGCCUAUUCUAGUCUUGGAGAAGGGAAGCUCGUAGAUGGAAGCCAUAAUAUUGAGGGAGUUGAAACCAUGGCCCAAAAGCAUGGAGUGAGUGAAGCCCAGGUAUACCUACGUUGGGGAUAUCAGCAUGGAUUUGGUGUUAUACCAAAGAGUACUAACCUUCAAAGGAUACAGAAAAACAGUGAGAUAUUUCAUUUUGAGUUGGAUGAUGAGAGUGCGAUAACCAAUAAGACUUUGUUAAGUAAUUUCAAGAUAUCCGCACCGAAAAGGGAGUUUUGGCUUCCACUUAAUCAUAAAAUAAUUCCCACACACGUUCAGGAAUCAUUCGUUUCUGUCAAACGCUCGACAUAUCACUCACGCACACCACUUUCAACUAGUCGCUCUUUCCCAAUUGGUCGUAUAAAUCAAAACUAUACCAGCUUGAUCAUAGAUGCAUCAAGAGAGACACGUAGGAUAUUAAAAUAUUUUGGCAUCGGGCUGGUUACAAUCGGUUUGCUAACUUUGAUAACGUGGAGAGGCAUACACUUAUACAUUGAAUACUUUUAUCACUCUACACCUUCGACUCUACCCAGAUUAGCCAGGGAUUGUCUCAGAGGAGCUUAUGUCCGCGAGGAAUUCUAUCCCGAUUCUCAUCUGGCUGAACAGUACCUCCAACAUGCCUUAAGAAUAGCCAUUCAAGAACAGCAACUUCCACCUGAUGAUCCAAUAGUACUAGACAUAAUAUUACGCAUGGCCAACAAUUCUGCAAUGAUUGAAAAUUACCAUGAUGCGCUCACCAGAUACGAAUCAGUUUGGCAAAUUUUAGUUGAUUCCGGGACGGAGGAGAACGUUGUUAAAGCCAUCGAGGUGUCAAAAAAGGUUUCGUGGGUGUGUAUUAAUAUGCACGAUUAUGAAAAAGCUGAAAAAUAUCUUAGAUGGUCCAUUGGGAGCAUGAGCCAAAAGGGGGAUGCAGGAAGUACUGUUCCGGCAAUAAUGAAUACAGACUUUAUUGAACAUAUGCUGUUAUUAGCAGGCAUCUAUGCGCAGCAAAAGCAUUAUAACAAGGCACUCGCGUUAUACGCAGGUAUUCUGAAACAGCUGAAAGAAACGCCGAACCGGUCUGAUCAGUCAUUCAUCUGCUAUGAAGCAAUAAUAAAAGGACACAUUGGCGAAAUUCUUUUUGGUCAGAACAAGUUGGACGACGCAAUGGGUUGGUUGCAACAAGGUCUUUUGCUAACCAAACAAGGAUCGGGAAUGCGUGCUUGUGACGAAUGUGCUGGAGUUAUUUUCAAUAACCUUGGAACGAUACACGAAUCAAGGGGGCAGAUGGAAGAUGCCAAAGAGUUUUAUCAAAAGGCUGUGGGAUAUGCCAAGAAAGCGGGAGAUGUUCGAGGUAUUGACGAGUUUCAGAAAAGACUAGAUGAUAUUGACCAAAAAACAGCAUCACAAAAGUCGGGGUAA